AUGUCGUGUCUAUCUCACCGCUGCGCCCGGCAGCUCCUCAAAGAGCCUUUCCAACGAGGCUCAUUACCUCUGUUCCUGACCCCUGCGUUCUCACCCGCUCGUGCACAAUGCUUUUCAACCACCUCCCCGGCGCAAUCCCGAGUCGGAGGUGCCUCCAUCUCCGUCCCCCCAGAAGUGUCAUUGAAGCUGGUCGAUCUGCCCACCUCAUCUUCUCGCACCCGAGGAAAGGAUGUUCCAACGGUGGCCGCUCAUAUCAAGGGACCGAAGGGCGAGAUGACCCUUGACCUCCCUUCCUUCCUCAAUGUCAAAUAUGAUGCAGAGACCUUGAAGACCACUUUGUCUGUGCAGAAUCCCGAAGAGCCUCACCAGCGAGCUAUGUGGGGCACUGCCCGCUCACUCCUACAGAACCACGUCACCGGUGUCUCCGAAGGUCACAUUUGCAUUCUGAGUAUGGUUGGUGUUGGUUACAGGGCUACAAUUGAAGACACAGCGACCACUGUCAAAUCCACCUAUCCCGGCCAAAAGUUCGUCUCGCUGAAGGUCGGUUUUUCGCAUCCAAUUGAACUGGGUAUUCCAGAAGGUGUCCAGGCAAGCACACCCCAGCCGACCCGUAUUCUUUUGGAGAGCGUCGACAAACGUAAAGUAACACAGUUCGCGGCGGAGAUUCGGGAGUGGAGACGACCGGAGCCAUACAAGGGCAAGGGUAUCUUUGUCAACGGCGAGACAAUCAAGCUCAAGGCAAAGAAGAUCAAAUAG